UGCCCUUUACAGAGUAGAAAACCUCCCCUUUCCUCUUAUCUCUGCCUUUCAAGCAAAACGAUUUAGAAACUAAAUACAUUUGUGUGUGGGAAAUUAAAGCCAUGGCUAUAUUUUCAUUUUUAUCCCCAGUUUUUAUUGCUGUCAUCUGUCUUUUAAUUGUAAUCAUUCUGCAAAACAAACGAGACAAUGAGAAAGAAAAAAAACAGAAAGAAAAGAGUAAAGCAGAACCACGUCCGUGGGUGGAUGAAGACCUUCAAGACGGCACAGAACUUCCAGCUGAGGAGGAUGGGAAAGAUGAAUGUCAAGACAUUGAUGAAGAAGACGUCUCACACGUUCACUUCAGCCCACUGAAUUAUGAUGAGCAGGAUAUGGUGAAGAGGUCAAAACAAUUUUAUGAGAUGCUUAACCAAAGAAGAUCUGUGAGGCUUAUCAGCAAUGAACCUGUCCCAAGAGAAGUCAUUGACAACAUCAUCAGAGCAGCAGGGACGUCUCCUAGUGGGGCUCACACUGAGCCCUGGACAUUUGUGCUUGUUCAAGAUCCAGAGGUAAAGCACAAGAUUCGUGAGAUAAUCGAAGAAGAGGAAGAGAUAAACUACAGAAAAAGAAUGGGAGAUAAAUGGGUUCAUGAUCUGAAAAGAUUACGGGCAAAAAACUGGAUAAAGGAAUAUCUAGACACAGCUCCUUAUCUGAUCUUAAUCUUUAAACAAAUAUAUGGAAUACUUUCUGGUGAUAGAAAGAAGACUCAUUAUUACAAUGAGAUCAGUGUGUCAAUUGCUUGUGGAAUACUCCUAGCAGCCAUUCAGAAUGCAGGCUUAGUGACUGUAACAACUACUCCUUUAAACUGUGGCCCUCGACUCAGAGUACUGCUUGAACGCCCUAUAAAUGAAAAGCUCCUCAUGCUUCUACCUGUUGGUUAUCCAAGCAAGGGUGCCACUGUGCCAGACUUAAAGCGGAAGCCUUUAGAAGAUAUUAUGGUGGUGUUUUAGAAAAAUAAACAUAUCCAGACUUGUCAUGAAGACAUGAUG